CUCCCCUCCGUUUCACUCCGUGCUGUGUGCCGGGCGGCUGUAUGGGAUCUACUCAUGGCCAUAACUACCACUGAGGACACCGAGGACAAGAACAGAUGAACUCCCAAGGAGGCCGAGAUGACUAAAACGCUGGACAGGAGUAUCCUUACGUCCUGAAGAUGAGGAGAACUCAGUGGCGGUCUGAGGAAUGGGGAAUUCCUUUGUUGAGUUUUUAAAAAGGAAUUUCCCACAUGUUUACAUCUGGAGUCCUGCUGUCUAAACAAUUAGCUUGAGAACAGUCUGAGGAAGCGACAAAGUCUUCUGACACACUCCCGCACAUGGUGAAUGAGGAGGGCGGAGUUAGAGAAAGGCCCACGCACUUAUUCUGGGAACAAACCGAAAGUAAACUUCAGAGAGUGUCCCUCAAACAGUGGAGCCCCCAUAUAAGCUGAGUGAGGUAGCCUGUUAGGAACAUUAAUCCUCUGAGAUGAAGUCUACACUCAGGACUUUUCUUCUGCCUCUUCUGGCUGUGGCUGCUGUUCUUCCCCUGCAUGAAGGAUCUACACAGCAAGAUCCCAAAAGACCUCCUGUUAGAGUACCAGUGGGGGAAACGGCCAUCCUGCCUUUAAACCUCAACACCACGCUGGACAUAAAUGAUGUAAAAGUAGAAUGGUGCCAUGAUGGGGAGUAUGUGCAUGUGUUUGAGAAUGAUAAGUCCUAUCUUGAAUAUCAGAACAAAGCUUUUACAAACAGAGCAUUCCUCUUUGAGGAUCAAAUCAGUGAAGGAAACGUUUCACUGAAACUCAUCAACGUGACUGAGCAGGAUGCUGGAAACUACACCUGCACUGUUUUAGGUGAAAACAUGCCAAAAAAUGGAAAGAAGUUUGAAUUUAAACUCUAUACAGUAGAUGGCAGGCUCAAACUAAAUCUAUUGGAGGGCCCUAAACCUGAUCCGACACCUACGCCUGAACCUAACCAAGACAGGACUAGGAUAAUUUUCAGUGUUGUUGCUGGUGUUGCUGUGUUGGGCGUCAUCGCUGUAUUUUAUAAACGUAGAGGAAACAGAAACAACCAAAACAACCCAGGGGAGAUGCAAGCCCUGAAUGACCACAACUAAGACAAUCUGGACAACCCAGAUGACCAAAUCAACCCAGAUGACCAAGACAACUGAGAAAUCCCCAACAACCGAGAUGUCCAAGACAACUAAAUCAGCCAAGACAAUAGAGACAACCAAGACAACCCAGACAACAAAAAAUGCAGGAUCUGAGCACGAUAAGAAGCAAAUAAACAAGGACAAGAAAGCCCACAAAGGUUCAAAUUUUCUCAAAGACAUGACAGAGAAAUUGACCUGUCCUCAAAACCUCCUUAUGAGGACUCUGGAGUACAAACACAUCUCACCCAUACUUCAUAAUCUUCACUGGCUUCCUAAUGACGAUCCCCAACUCCUCAACCCCCAGACUUCGAAAAGAAUCUUCUGCUCUGACACCGUGUCUUUGUCCUCUCACCAGCGUGUAAUAUCAAAAACACCCUCUUUAAUUUCUCCAUGGUACAUAAAACAUGUUAAAGUGCCUUCAAAUGGUGUCCAUCUCCUGGACAAAAUGUGAUAAUGUGUCCUCUAGGCUGCCUUCCCUGUGGACAAACAAGACAAAGUGUCGUAAGGGUGCCCCUCUAUUGGGUAAUACUGGGCUAAGUGCCUGGCUGUGCUAUAUUACUGUCCUGCUUUGGAGACACCAACUGCCUAAGUGUAUCUCAAUCCAAACAGACUUAAUACAACUGAACAAUAUUUGAUUUUACGAGAUUGGAAAUGUGAAAUGUCUUUGGUGCAUAGAUUCCGUUGUGAUGUUUUUUAUGUACCUGAAGGGGUAGUGAGGCCAACAGCAGGAUGGGACAAGCCCCCAUGGAGUCUAGACACUGGUGGUGGAAGGAGUAGGAUGAGAUGAGUGGACUUCUGAGGAGCCUGACCCAGUCACCGAUGAGCUGGCAUGGAGAUGGUGAUGUAGGGUGGACUUGUAAGGACCUGGACCCUGGUACAGAUGUGAUGUAAUGGAGGUAGCUAGGGUGGAGGAGGUUGGCAGAGUUUGCACUGAAACUACAGAGGAAAUGCACUCUUGCGUUCUUGUUUGAUUUUUUUUGCCAUGCAAAUGUCUCCGUUAUCAUUUCCAUCUGGUAAAUUUUCAGUUUUGUCCCAUACACCUCCAUCUUUUAAACUAGUGUAUUUUCAGUUUUGUCCCAUACACCUCCAUCUUUUAAACUAGUAUAUUUUCAGUUUUGUCCCAUACACCUCCAUCUUUUAAACUAGUAUAUUUUCAGUUUUGUCCCAUAUACCUCCAUCUUUUAAACUAGUAAAUUUUGAGUUUUGUCCCAUACACCUUAAUCUUUUAAACUAGUAAAUUUUCAGUUUUGUCCCAUACGCCUCCAUCUUUAAACUAGUAAAUUUUCAGUUUUUCCCCAUAAUUCUGAGACUAAAGAAUUUAGCCUCAACAUAUCAGUGUGACUGUUAUCUGUUUUAUUCUGACAGUGUAAACUGUCAAACUGAUUCUGAUCCCCUCAUAUCAGAUCCAGGCCACUUUCAUACAGUAUGUGGUUCUAAAUCAGACCUGAUCUGACCUUUUGGAAUUCACUGGCAGUGUGAACAGCCAAACAAAAGAAUCAGAUCUGAGACAACAUCAGAACUGAGCGUUGAGGCCUGCAGUGUUAACAUAGUCUUCUUUUGUGUGAUUCUUUAUAACUUAGAUGUUUAACCUGACCAUCUUUAAUCCUGAAUUACAUCAAUCAGGCCAAAUGUGACUUUAACUCUCCUGUUUUGUUUUUUUUUUUGUUUGUUUGUUUUUUUCUUUUUGUUUUUUUUGUUUGUUUGUUUGUUUGUUUUUUGUCCUUAAUAUGUUUUUCAGCUUUUUAAUGAUGAAUUUCAAAAUCACGUAUUUAGGGGAGACCAGAGUUUGUCCCUGUUAAUUAGACGGUUCUGUCUGUGGUUAAGCUGAUCCAAAAAUACAUUUGCAAAUAUAGUAGAAAUGUGAUAUUGCUCAUUUAGAGUAGAUUAAGGACAUGUUUUAACAGAGGACAACUACAGUAGAAUCAGGGUGAUUGAGGUGGGACUUUUCUAGAUGGAUGUAGAUGUUCUAUUUAACCAACAAAUGGCAGUCUGUAUCUGAACAGUCCUCUUCUUCUGUUGCUCCAGACUUUUCUCAGACUGCUCCCUUCUCUCUCUACAGCACUGAUGAACAGUAGACUGAAUGACUGAAUGUCAAUACUGGACCUCCUACUUUAAAGGUCCAUCCAUCCAUCUUCUUCCAGUUAUCCUGGGCCGGGUCAUGGGGGCAGUAGGUGAAGCAAGUCCACCCAGACGUCCCUUUACCCAACAACACUUUCCAACUCCUUCUGGGGGAUCCUGAGGAGGAUCCAAAAACUCACUCCCCACCCAGAGGUGGAAGGUUUAAAUACAGCAGCCUUUAACCGCUUUUCAUCAUUUUCCACCCUUUUUGCAUUUUUGUACUUUUAAACUCAUUUUUACCACUUAACGCAUAUUUUUUUUACUGGUUUUGCCCAUUUUUGUCCCUUUACAUUAUUGUAAUUAUUUACGCCUAUUUUAACCUCUCUCUGUAACUUAAUUUUGCCACUUUUUUGCAUUUAUAUAUUUCACCUCUUUUCGCUUCUAUUUUUUGUGGCAUUUAAAAUUAAUUUAUGCCACUUUAAGUUUGUUUUGCCCCUUUCCUCCCACUUUACCAUUUUAACCAAUUUUGCAAACUUCUGCAUUACUGUAACCCUUUUCUGCCUCCUUUAAAUUGAUCCACCACUUUUUUUUUCCAUUCAUGCCACUUUCCACCUUUUUUUGCUGCUCUUGCUGUUUUAACCUAUUUUUACAUCUUCUAACCUCUCCUCAUUAGAUCCUGACUUUGAAGUAGAUGUCACUGAAGUUUACUUUAAAGUCAAUCAAGAUAAAUAAUGUGAUAAAUCCAUGAACGAUGUUUAAUAUAAAAGGGUUAAAUUAUAGAAUUUGCUUGAACUGAGUUUGAAAUUUAAAGAGUAGCUUUUAUGUAAAUCUGAUCGGAGCCUCAGGUACUGUUUAGUACUUAUAAACUGAGCAGAUAUGUUUCUAAAAAUGUGUAAAUUUCGUCAUGCAUCUGUUUGUCAGUCUAUGUAAUUUCCUGUGUUCUGUCAGGAUGUGGCUGACUUAUACAAAAAAAAAAUAACAGCUGUCACAUUAUCACACACAAAAUGGAGAUUACACCUCUCUGCCUUAUGCUCGGUAUGUGAAUUUACUUUUUUUGAUAAUUAACAGUCUCUAUGCUCUCAUAUCUGUCUGCUCUAUUACUAACCAGACUUCCUUAAAGUCUCAGCUGCUCACAAAUCAAAUUCUGAAACACCACCUUGAUAAUUUGAUGCAUUAUGGAUCAUUAAACAAAACUUUUUCUUCCUGGUCUACUUUUUUAUUCAUAGUGAGAACUAUCCGCUUUAUUUCUAAAUAUGAAGAUGCUCUCUAAAGUCUUUAUUUAUCAUCAUUUUAAUCCUGUAAAUAGAAUUGUGUGUAUCAGAUGUAGACCAAUCUGCUUCAGUCUGAGGACAUCGUAACUCAUCAUAAUGUGAAAAAUCACCUCUAUGCCGACGAUACUCAGUUAUACAUCUGUGUUUCCCCUGAUGACCCCACUUCACUCAUGGGUAGUGUUAAUGUCUGGAUGAGCAAGAACUUUCCAAAACAGCAUGAAAAUAAAACUGAAAUUAUUUUAGAAGGAGCCAAAGCAGCAAUUUUUAAUAAACAUUUCAACAUCCCCAAAGUUGUUUUAACACAGAAAAUGCUGAAAUUAUAAUUCCUACCUUUAUUAUCACCUUUUUAGAUUAUUGGAACUCCUUUUUACUGUGUACUACCCAAAAGUGAAUUUUAAAAUCACUGCUUGUUCAGAAUGAGUUUUGACCAGAAGGAUAAAUGUGAAAACAUAACUUUUUAACUUCCCAGUUAUACUUCUCUAUGUAUCAGAAACUCUCUCUCACUGUUUCCCUUUUCAAAGUCUCGAUGACUCACACGGGCUCUAGGGAGAGCUUUCUGUGUUUAUAUCCCAGAACUUUAGGACGUUAAAAUCACAAGCUGUCUGGAUGUUUGAAAGAAAACAAAAAUAUUAAAUACACAUCUUUUUAAUAUGACGUCAUAAACUUUGUGAUAUUUUUGCAGUAUUAUGUGUUUUUCAUCUCCACUGUUUUAUUGCUUUCAUUAUUCGUUUAUUAAUGUUUGCUGUUCAUCCAAACCUUACUUCUUGUUUCAUGGCGAACAAAAGAACUGUCAUGGUGUCAUAGAUUUCCCUCAGUAUUACAUGGAUGUCUUUAGAUUAGUGCUGUCAACAGACUUCGCCUGACCCUGUGACGGUUUCCAAACAGAUUUUGAACCUUCAAACAGUCAACAAAAGGAACAAUUAAAACGCAGCUGAGGGAUAUCCUACAACGGGUACCUCAAAUCACAAAUACAGUGGCACCUUCAAAAACGGUCAAACAUACAUGUAAUGGUGCAUUAGACACCUAUGAGAUAAUACCUAAGACAGCAUUUAAGGCACUGAUCAUCAACUGGAGGCCCAGGGGUCACAUCUGGCCCUCAGAAGAUGUUUAUUCAUAAAAUGUCAUUUUCAAAAAUCCCCACAGCCAUCAAAGGAACCCUAAAAUUAUGUGAGAUUUAAUCAUUUUUUCUGGAUUUGGUUGAUGAUUGAACAGUGUCACAAACCCCGUAAUGCACAUCAUGACAGCCCUACAAAUAUGCAGCUAAAAUAUUUCAAUCGCCCCCUAGUGGCUGGCUGCAGUAGGGAGUGAAUUUACUGCUAAUGCCUAAGGUAAAGUACAUUUCAAAG